AUGCUUGCCCAUGGAGGAGAAGGAAAGUUUGUGUUGGCACAAAAAGAGCAGAACGGCAAAGCAUUAAGUUACCCCAGCCUUCUGCCCUCCUUCCUGCGGUCCUGCCCCGAUCUCCUGCCCAAUAUCUCCGGGCAGUGCCUGGGCACUAUGUUCGGGAGGAAGCGGCGGACCGUGGAGCUGACCAGAGAGGAGCCCAGUGACAAGGGGAGGUACCUGGGCAGCGCCGUGACCCUGCGGGCAAGAGGAGAGGGCUGCACCGCGGAGGCAGUAGGGCAGAUCUGGGAGCGGAGUGGGGGUGGGAGCCGGGGCCCCAGGGUGAGGUUGUUGGUGAGCAGUGAGGGCAUCAGGGUGACUCCCGGGAAGGGCAAACCUGCCCACACCUACCUACUGCACCGAAUCACCCACUGCGGCACAGACAGCGCCCACCCCCGGCUCCUCAGCUGGGUCUACAGGCACCAAGUCCGACACAAGGCAGUGGUGCUCCGGUGCCACACGGUGCUGCUGUCCCGGCAAGAGAAAGCGGCCGCCCUGGCGCUGCGACUUUGCCAGAUCUCACGGGCCGCCUUUUGCGACUUCAAGCGACUAAAGAGACAGAACGACUUCAGGAGGGGCCAGCAGGAGAGGCUGGGGCAGUGUGUGGUGCCCUUGGUGCCCCUGAGGAGGGUACUCAAUGCCCGGUGCUAUUAUCAUCCCCGAGAGGUGAGGGGCAGCGGGGCACUGGGGCUUAGCUCCAUCCUGGAGGAAGAGGAGGACGGGGAGGAAGAACAAAAGAACCCAACGUGUGAUCUGCCGGGGAACACUGAGACCAUGUUGGACUUGGCUCAAGAGCUGAGGAGGCUGAGUAUCCAGAGAGCCCUGACCCAGAGUCUCAACUGGACCUACAGCCCCCCAGUCUGUGACUGGAAAUGUCCCAUAAGAACUAUCUGCUGACCCUGCAACCGUGGGGCACCCAGAGAGUCCGCCCUUCCAUGGAGAUCUCACCGUUCCAUGGGAAGAUCCCACCCUUUAAUGGAGAGUCCACCCUUCCAUAGGGAGAUCCCACCCUUCCAUGGAGAGUCCACCCUUCCAUAGGGAGAUCCCACCCUUCCAUGGAGAGUCCACCCUUCCAUGGGGAGAUCCCACCCUUCCAUGGGAAGAUCCCACCCUUUAAUGGAGAGUCCACCCUUCCAUAGGGAGAUCCCACCCUUCCAUGGAGAGUCCACCCUUCCAUGGGGAGAUCCCACCCUUCCAUGGGGAGAGUCCACCCUUCCAUGGGGAGAUCCCACCAUUCCAUGGAAAGAUCCCACCCUUUAUUGGAGAGUCCACCCUUCCAUAGGGAGAUCCCACCCUUCCAUGGAGAGUCCACCCUUCCAUGGGGAGAUCCCACCCUUCCAUGGUGAGAUCCCACCCUUCCAUGGGGAGGUCCCACCUGGUCUCCCAGUCCUUCCAAGGGUGCCCAUUAAAUCCAGCCAAUUAGUUGCCCUGCCAGUAUGUGAGGUACCCCCACACCUUAUGGACAUGCCUAUCGUACAAGGACCUUGCAACCAGGGGGCACCUAAGGGUGCCAUAUAUUCUAUGAGGACUACCUGCUACAAGGAAACAUCUGGGGGUACCCCAACCUUUCAAGGACAAGCCCAGGCAAUGAGGAUUAUCUUUUGACCAGCCAAUCAGGAUUCAUUGGUAGCCUAUCCCAACCUUCCAAGGGCAAGUCAACCUCACCAUUACUAUAUGACUCUAUGUGAACUAAUUGCUGAGCUGCCCUGGGGCUUUCCCACCUGACUACCUACCUGCUCAAUGGGGGGCACCAGAGGGGUUCACCCACUUUCCAUGGAUAAUUCCAUCCCACCUGAAUUUUCUCUUGAUUUUCUGGUAGGGGGACCUUGUUGCUACAAAAUUUGAUUGACAGUUCUUCUGCCAGGCUGCGUGUCCCAUUGCCCCAUUUAGUUGUCUCCCUGGCACGGCUGAUGCCGCUCACUGUGCCAACACUUUACGGAACAAAGCCAUUGUUUACAAAAAGUUUUUCAUUAUUUAAUUAAAUGACUUCCAAGAAACCUGCGUUGUUUCAUAAGGAGAAUUCCUUAAAGGGACAGUAACAUUAAAAAAAAUUAUU